AUGAGUACAUCGACUUCUGUUCCAAAAGUCUAUCAAAACGCGAAUCCUUUACUUUAUACAUUUCGUGAUGAUAAUACCGGAAUUCAACCAUAUUUUAUCUUCCCACUUCAAUUCCUUUUCUUCGAUUUAUCAUUACGUUUUUGGGAUCGAAUAGCAUAUGGAACAUGGUAUUUACCAGGUGAAUUAAUUCAAAUCGAACUUGCUGGUUACGAAUCCAUACGAAAACAAGAUUAUAUAACUUAUACUUAUCUUUGGUUAACUUCACAUAUCAAUGUUAUCUACGUUAUGGUACCGUUUAAAGGUCUUUUCUCUCGGAAAAAGCCUUCACCUAGAAAAUUAUUAAAUAUUAAACUUCACGAAAAAGCGAAAGAAGUAACUUUUGAUAUUUUCGAUAUUGUUUUCCAUUGUGUACCUUUGAUUGCUCAUACAAUUUGGUAUUGUAUUAUUCAAUCGAAUUGUGGUUCGGGAGCAAAUUCAUCAACAUGGAAUUGUUAUAAUCUCUUUGGUUAUCGAAUAUAUAAUUAUAUCUUCGAUUCCUACACAGAUUUUGCUUAUUCAUUCAUAUCCAAAUUGUAUUAUUAUCGUGAAUAUGGAUAUGCACUUCAUAUUAUUAAUCAGAGAAAAGGAACAUUCAGAAGAAUUGUAUCGAAAACGAUCUUUUGGAUUGCUUUCGCUCUAUCUGCAAUUACGUUCAUCUUCAUUAGUGCAAUAAUUCUUCCGUAUUUGUUUACAAAUGUCAUUCCAAUGAUAGUCAUUUACGCGUUCAUUUCAAUGAUUUAUGCAUAUGUAGUGACAGUUGUCAAUCUCAUCUUGUAUUAUUAUACUGCAAUAACAGGAAGAAUAUUCGAUUUGAAAGGUGAAGAGAUCAGUUGGAUAAAAACGCAAAUAAAAAAACUUCGUCAUAAUCGACGAUUGGUAGUUUCGUUCGGAAUAAGAUUAUUUCCGUAUAUAAUGGCGAUAAUGUUCAAUUUAUCACAAUAUAUUUAUUACGGAGAAAGUUUUUGGACAGCGCUUACAAGAGAAGCGGAUGCCAGAGAACCAGCGGAUUAUUUUCAAAGGAUGUCGCAAGCACCACAAAUUCUCCAUACAAUUCUAAGUACAAUUUAA